AUGUUGAACAAGUUCCUGGAAAAAAGAUUUCGUGUUUUGGAAAUGAUACAAGCUCCAUCGUCGAGUGCACCUGUAAAUAAAAGAAGUUUUCAUGUAAAUAAAAGCGAACAGAAAUGCAUUUUUUGUAACCAAGACCACCUAUUAUACACUUGUAAGGAGUUUACGAAACUGGAAGUAGAUAAGAGAGUGGAAUAUGUGCAAGGCUGGCGGCUUUGUUUUAAUUGCCUGGUACCGGGGCAUUCAGUCAAGUUCUGCAAACAUCGAUCUUCUUGCCGCCGAUGUGGGAGAAAACACCACUCUCUGCUACACAGCACGUGGAGCCCGCAGUCUCAGACACCUGCGCCAGCUCGGGAGACAUCAGCGCCGCUUUUAGAGGAUAAAGAAGAUAUCAAGGAAGAAAAAGAAGAUAAAAAUAAAAAGAAUAUUAUAUCUCACCUCACUACGGGGAGUCACGCGCGGCUGAUGCCAACUGCAUUAGUGCAAGUAUACGCUGAGAACGGAGAAAAACACUUGAUGAGAGCGCUGUUGGACCCAUGCUCACAAGAAUCUUUUGUAACUGAGGCCGCAGCACAAAGGCUUCGUUUACGACGUACCUCAGUAAGUGGGCAUGUCACGGGAGUUGAGAAAAUGAAGACUACCCUCAAGUAUGUAACAGAAAUAGAGUUCUCAUCAAGAAUCGAGCUUAAGAUGAAGAUGAAAGCAACUACGUACGUUGUACGUCACAUCACCGACAUUAUGCCGGAGAAUGAAGUGAAGAUGGAAAACUGGAAACAUGUCGAGAAGUUGUGCCUUGCAGAUCCAACAUGUCACACUCCAGGUCACAUCGACUUGCUUUUAGGAGUCGAAGUUUGGAGCGAAGUUAUUAAACCUGGAGUGAUCAAUGGCCCCUCAGGAACACCUAUAGCACAAGACACUCACCUGGGGUGGAUUAUUUGCGGAAAUGUGAGGACAGAGCACACUGCCACAAAAAACAUCGUCAGCAUGCAUCUUAAGGUUGAUGUUCACAGCAUGCUGAAGGAGUUCUGGGAGUUAGAAACCUUAGAAGAAGAAAACAAUACACUAACCUCAGACGAAAAGAAGGCAGAAGACAUUUAUGAGAAGACACAACAAAGAAAAGAAGAUGGUCGUUACGUGGUCAGGUUGCCAUUUAGAGAAGAACCACCUGUGCUACCACGUGACUCACGAGAGAUAGCAGUGAAGAGAUGGAUGUCGCAAGAAAGAAGAUUAGAUAAGAAUCCAAACUUAAAACAAGAUUACAACGACGUCUUACAAGAGUACCUAGAUCUGCAACACAUGAAGAAAGUAGAAGAUAAAGAACUAACCGAGAAUUGUGUGUACCUACCACAUCAUGCUGUUGUAAGAGACGACGACGACGACGUCCUGUCGGGGCAUGAAACAGAAGAUCAAGCUAAAAGAAAUCAGAAAGAAAUCACAGCAAUUCUCAAAAAAGUUGGGUUUGAACUUCAAAAGUGCAGUUCAAAUAGUGAAACCUUCAUGCAAGAGAUUGAACCUUUAAAACGAUCACCAAAGGCCCAAAGAGAAGUAGAUGGUAGAGACAGUAUUAAGACUUUGGGUAUAAUUUGGAACACUAAAGAAGACAAAUUACAAAUAACGAAUAAUUUGAAAGACUUACCUAAACAACCUAUCACGAAGAGGAAUGUUUUAGCUGAUAUAGCUUCAUUAUUUGAUCCGAUGGGUUGGCUGGCGCCUGCGGUAGUCAAUGCUAAAACAUUCAUGCAGAAAUUAUGGCAAUUAGGGGUUGGUUGGGACGAAGAACUCGCAGAUGACGCGAAGGAAGAGUGGCUGAAGUUUAGAAACGAGAUUCCUGCAUUGACAGAAGUAAAGAUAAAUCGCUGGAUACAUACCAAUGCAGACAAAAGUUCGAUUGAGGUUCAUGGAUUCGCUGACGCCUCGAUGAGUGCUUACGCAGCAGUAAUAUACGUCCGAGCUGUCGACACAGACGGGCAAGUACAAGUAUCUCUACUUACGGCUAAGACGAAAACAGCGCCUUUGAAGCAAAUAUCCAUGCCAAGAUGGGACAUGUGCGCUGCUGUUCUGCUAUGUAGACUCCUGAAACAUGUGGUCAGCAUAUUAAAAGUUCAAAAACAUCAAGUAUUUGCCUGGUCAGAUUCACAAGUUGUAUUGUCAUGGAUAAAAGGCGAUCCAGGUCGAUGGACUCCUUUUGUAAAAAAUCGAGUCACUGAAAUUAAGAAAAUGAAUGAGAUAAACGGAUGGUAUUAUGUCAAUAUUAAACACAAUCCCGCAGACCCAGCCUCACGAGGAGUUUUGCCGAAAAAGCUCUUGACAAAUACACUCUGGUGGGAUGGACCGGCGUUUCUCAAAGAGCCAGCCAUAGAACUUACGGUAACCGAAGUACCUGAAACAGACUUGGAAUGUACAAGGGUUAUUAUAACAUUAGUUACUGCAACUAAAGAAAAUGUAGAGGUUUUAAUACUUACCUUGAUGGAUAAAUACUCGUCGCUCGGGAAACUGGUGAGAAUAGUCGCAUACUGUCGUAGAUGGAUGCUGCACCUGAAAAGAAAGAGAGAAAAUAAAGAUCACUUACCAACUUACCUGACGACUGAGGAGAGAAAUGAAGCACUUACCAUUUGCUUAAGACGAUCCCAGGAAAUCGAAUUUCAAGAAGAAAUUGAAGAUUUAAAGAGUAAGAGACAGCUGAAAAGAAAAAGUCGAUUGUUGUCACUCGCCCCCUUUUUAGAUCCAAAGGGUGUGUUGAGAGUAGGCGGCCGACUACGCCAUGCUGAUUUAGAAGCUCAACAGAAGCACCCCAUUAUAAUCUCGAAGGACAAUGCUCUGUUACCUCUUCUUCUAGCAGAAGCUCACAGCAGCACUCUUCAUGGCGGUCCGCAGGUGAUGGUGAUGUAUCGUCAAUCAGAAAACUGGCUAAUCAACAUGACUAAUAAAAUAAAGAAAUAUGUACUCAAUUACAUCGUUUGUAUCCGGCAGCGAGGAGAAAUCAGCAGUAAGCUCAUGGGAGAUCUACCUGCUAUGAGAAUAAAACCUGCCAAGCUUUUGUUGAUCAGCGGAGUAGUUUUUUCGGACAUAGGCGAUUUGGUAUUGGUCAAAGACCAACGAUUCCCGCCUGAAAGCUGGCCGAUGGGGCGUAUCAUAGGAAAACAUCCUGGCCCUGAUGGCUUAACUCAGACUUAUGAAUCACGAACAGUGUCUGGUGUUAUACCAAGAUCUACAACUAAAUUAUGUAUUUUGCCUUGUGUAAAGGACUCCGUCCUUUCCGGGGGAGUAUGUUCAAGUAAUUAA